CAUUACGUUACAGGCUGGUCACAUGAUCUUGAGUUGAGGUGACAUACGGAUCUUCAGACUAAACACCGAAUAUUACAAUGGCUUGUCCGAUCUGUGGGCCGAAAUUGUCGGCGUAUUGCAUGGUUCUAAGUAUAUGGGCUAUCAUAAUGCUGGGUCUGCUCGGUCUGUUCUUUUACAUCCGAAGCCCUGCACUGUUUGAAGACGUUCCUCUGGGAGACUGGGAGAAGAAUAACUAUACCUACGCCCAUGUGCAGGAGAAGUAUGAACAGAAUGCCACGAACUGCUGGAUUGCUGCAGGUCUCUACUUCCUCCUUCUUAUCUUCUCCUUCACACAACAAAGAAUGAACUCCAGAGCUAACUAUGAGCUGUCAUAGAUUACAACAUAAUGUACUUUCUGGUAUCCAAACAACUGUCCAUAGAAGUUGAGAUCUCCUGGCUGGAUCAAUUCUAUGAAGCGAAGCCUGCAAACAAGAAUCCUUGAAACACCAGCAGAUAUGAAAGAUAGUUUUAGUUGUAGUAGGAAUCAAGGAAUCUGUUGUUGACAUAUCCACCCCCAAGAUGUAGCCAAGAACAAGCUUAUGUAUUACUGUCCAUCAAAAGAAAGGAAUCGGGCUGACUUGUAUGUAACCAAUGAUGAAUAUUUGUUUCAGCCUUUUUUGAAAGAAAUACAUCUUUUGUAAUUGUAUGCAGUAAAAGGACAGCUAAAUUUUCUUGAAAUUGUCAUGAAAUAUAGCCUUAUAAAAAUUAGGUUGCACUGUUAAUAGUUUUCACUCAAAGGUCAGGCAUAUUGUUUCGGUCAAAAGCUGACCUUAUCCCUGGUGUUGGUGAUUAGGAAAUAUAUGAAAGAAGCAUUCUUUCGUGACCAUUAUGAUGAUAUGGCUGUGUAGAGAAGUUCUAUUUAGAUCUGCAUAAUUUAUGUACCGGUAGUAAUUUUGGGGAAAAUAUCUUUGAUAUUGGCCAAGGAAGUACCCAUCAGUUUUCCAAAUCUUUUGUCAAUAUAAGCUUGAAUAGUGCAUCUCUAGUCAUCUUGUGGUCUUGGUACAUUCCAUGGCAUGUUUACACUUGAGAUGGGAGAAAUUAAUUGUGCUCAAGUGUUCAAUUUGACAAUAAUGACUUCUUUUGUACAUAGAGAGUGUAUAAUUAUGGAUGCCUAUUAAAUCAAAUUGUCAGUACCUUUCAGUGAUGUUAAUGAAGUUCCAAAUUAUCAACAAUUUUUAAGCUGAGUUUACGAGACCAAAUAUAUUUUGCCAGGCAUUGGCAUCGAAUAAGUGUCUGUAUUGAUCUUUCAUUUCCGUCUUGUGGAAUGCUUCAUCUUUGAUUCCUUUGCAAUACCACCUUGUUAUAUCUUUUUAACUGUCAUCUGUGUACCAUUUAAGUUUUCAUUUUCUGUAUCAGUGUAAACCAUAUUCAGUAAUCAAUAUUUCAAUAAGUGGUAUCAGUUUGCUCUUACUUAUAUCUGUAAUGUUUUGUUGAUUAUGUCUGUAUUGUAUUCUUGACGAGACAUUGGGAGUGUCAUGAUUCACCAUGUUUACAGAUAUAUCGAUGCAUCACAAACUGAAACCAGGCUAUCUGAUACGUAAGCUUUCCCUUUAGUAGAAUUUGUUUUAUAUCUGUGUUAGAUCUAAAAAGUGAUGUGCAAAAGCCCUGUAAUAACUGGGCCUGAUAACCUCAAAAUGUUUAAUCCGCUUAAUGCUGUUCGAAGUUUGCCAAAAGCCAAAACAAUGUGUCAUGCAUAUCACAUACAAACAGGUUCAAAACAACAUUGUUUUGUUAGCUGGCCACAAAAAAGAUUCCAAAAUAUUACAAAUAAGUAUGGUGACAUGCAUCAUCGUGACUGAGGUCACAUGAUAUGUACUGAUUACUUGUGUAUGUGCAUCAUGACCCUCCUCAUAGACACGUCACAUAUGUCCUGUGGAUUAUCUUUUCGGUAAAAUCCAGUCACCAGUUGUAGAUAUGUUCAUAUCUCACAUCAAUACAUUAUUGUUUAUGGAGAAUGCAAAUAUGGCUGUGAAAUAUAUGAAGUUGUACAUUUUGAACAUCACAUCAUGACUUUCAUCAUGGUGUGUAAGUGAUAAAGUUGUGCAGAGUUGCGCUCCUUAGCUGCCGGGAUCUGCUGUGGUUAGUUUGAAUCCCUGGUUCAUCCUGAGUGUGCUCUAUCUGCAUCUCUGCCAUAUUGAUGGAGUUUCAGGAUAAUUACAUAGGGUAUUCCAUUUUAAGUGACUUCUUAUCUUAUUGAAUGGCUAUUCAAAAAGUGUGUCAGUGUAGCACUUAAGAGAGGACUUUUGAUUAAAGAUGUUUGCCUACAAAUUCUGUCAAUAAUCUUCAUUAAGUGCAUGAUUACCUCACGGGUGAAUUAUUGUAAUGAGGACCGGCAUCCUUAUGUAUAUGAAUGUUCUUCAGUCUCAUCUUUGCAGGAUACACUGAAUAUUCAGUGAUAUCUUCAGGUUUAGAUAUUCAGUAAAUUGUAUUAAAUUGGUACGCAUGGUUAUUUUAACUGGUGUGUCUGUACAAAAUGUACAGUUUCAUGUCAUAUUUAAGUUUUUGACUCACUUUGUAUGGGUAAUGAAGAAGUUCCCGUUGUUGUGCUGAUUCGGCAAUAUAGGGAGACUUGAUCGUGUUGUAUCAUAGGAAUAUAUAGAACAAAUGAAAUAAAGUAUGGGUUAUUUGAA